AUGGUGAGACUUAAGGCGAAUCUCUGGUUUCUCCUGUUCUCAAUCGCGCUCGUUUCGAUUCAGUUAAAGGGUUCGUUUGGAUCUGAAUCAAGUAAGGAAGCUUAUGUGACGCUUUUAUACGGAGAUGAGUUCUUAUUGGGAGUUAGAGUAUUGGGGAAAUCGAUUCGUGACACUGGAUCCAGUAAAGACAUGGUCGCUUUGGUCUCUGAUGGCGUCUCAGACUACUCUAAGAAGCUACUCAAGGUUUGA